GGGUGUGUCAGUGUGUGUGUGUAUGUGUGUGUGUGGAGAAACCUAGGAAGUAAAGUUUUCGGCCAGGACGACGCCAAGACGUGAACCCUGCAUUUCUUUAAAAAGCUGUGAUUUAAAGCUAAAACGUCGCCGAACUGCUGGGAAAUGACUUGUUAACCAUUUAAAACGGUGAAUAUGCAAUUCAUUCGCUUACCUUUUUUUCUAGAAACUCAGGUGAAGAAACAUAUUUUUCCCUGAAGUUGUGUGACUGGUUUCGCAAACGCCAAAGACCUUCCUCUUCCUCCCGUUUUCAGGAAUAUUUCGGCAUUAGAAAAAUAAACGAGUGGGUUUUUCUCGAAAGUGGAUGCUGGCCGAGAGUUGGGAGAGUGAGUUAUGCUGAGGCCUGUCUGUACAUCAGGACAUCAGGAUGAGCUAUACAGAUGGAUCCAGGCGCCCUGAACAUAAUGGAGAGGCCCGAGUUGUGCAGAUCUACCCCAGGCUGUCCCGGGACACUUCCACCUACUGUCCCCUGCAGGUCAGCGGUGGGGACACGGCCAGGGCGGUCAUCCACAAUGCAGUGAUCACUCUGGGCCUGGACGCCAGCCAGAGGUACAGCCUGCUGGAGGUGAGGAAGAGCGGCGGGGAGGAGAGGCUGCUGGAGGCCGGGGACCACCCUCUGGAGAGAGUCCUGCUGUGGCCCCGCAAGGCUCAGAGGUGGCACCCCCAGAGCGAAGGGCACUACUUCAUCCUGCAGAAAGACAACAGUGCAGGCAACCAACUAGAAAGCAACAGAGACGGCUACGAUGACCUCUGCAACCUCCAAACUGUGACUGAGGAGAGCGUCCUGAAGGCUUUACAUCAUCGCUUCUACAGGCUCAACAUCUACACCUAUGCCAGCAACAUCCUCAUCGCCAUCAACCCCAACAAGUUCCUGCCUCUUUACUACAACCCAAAGUUUGUGAAGAAGUACGAAAACCAGCCACUGGGCAAACUGAGCCCUCAUAUAUUUGCAAUAGCAGACGUGGCUUUCCGUGCGAUGCUGACCAGGCAGAAGAACCAGUGCAUCGUGCUGUCUGGAGAGAGUGGCUCCGGGAAGACUGAGAGCAGCAGUUAUCUCAUCCACUGCCUCACCGCGCUCAGCCAGAACUCCAGCGGAAUCGAACGCACCGUCCUUGGGGCCGGCCCGGUGCUCGAGGCCUUUGGCAAUGCUAAGACAGCAGAGAAUAACAACUCGAGUCGCUUUGGGAAGUUCAUCCAGCUCAACUAUCUGGAGAGCGGUGUCAUCAGAGGGGCAGUUAUCGAGAAGUACCUUCUGGAGAAGUGCCGCCUGGUGUCCAGAGAUCACAGGGAGAGGAACUACCACGUGUUUUAUUACCUGCUGGUGGGCGCGUCGAAAGAAGAGAAAGAGGAGUUUCGUCUGUUAGAGCCUCAGGAUUAUCUCUACCUCAAGCAGGAUGAUCUCCAUUUGGAUGAUAAGGAAAAACUUAGGCAAGAGUACAAGAGGCUCCAUCAGGCCAUGGAGAUGGUUGGCUUCCUGAGCUCCACCAAGAAACACAUUUUUUCCAUCCUCUCUGCCAUCCUGCACCUGGGAAAUGUGACGUACUCGCAGUCAGAGGACGCCGAAGUCCUGGAGGUCGGACCGGCAGACGUUUUGUCCACACUGUCCGACCUGCUCAAAGUGAAAAAGGAGCUUCUGGUGAAGACUUUGACCAAGAAGAGAGAAGUGACCGCCACGGAGAGCGUAGAUUCACCGUACACACUACAAGAGGCCUCCAAAGUGCGGGACUCCAUGGCGAAGUCUUUAUACGGCGCUCUGUUUGACUGGAUCGUCCUCCACAUCAACCACGCAAUGCUCAACCGACGAGACAUGGAGGAGUCCGUCUCUUGUUUGUCGAUCGGUGUCCUGGAUAUGUUUGGAUUUGAGAACCUCAAGACAAACAGCUUUGAGCAGCUGUGCAUCAACUACACUAAUGAGAGACUGCGGUGUUACAUCAACCAGCACAUCUUCAUGCUCAAGCAGGAGGAUUAUGUGUCGGAGGGCAUCACCUGGACAAAGGUCGACUACAUGGACCACAGUGGCUGCAGUCAGCUGAUCAGCCAGAAGUCAACAGGGCUCUUUGACCUGCUGGAUAAUGAGAGCAGCCUUCCUGAGGCCACAGAUGAAACCUUGCUGGACAAGUUGCAGCAGCAGCAUGAAGACAACCCCUUCUUUGAACCCGCCUCAAAUACAGAGUCAACUUUUGUCAUUCAACACUUUGCUGGGAGGGUUACAUAUCAAAUCAAGGAUUUCCGGCAGAAGAACACAGAGCACAUGCUUCCUGAAGUCGUGUCACUUCUACGGAGCAGCGAGAGGGCGUUCGUGCAUCACUUGGUCGCAUCCAGUCCAGAAGCCCUUUUCAGAUGGGGAGUGUUGCGAGCCACCAUCCGCAUCCUCACAAUUUUCAAGAAACUGGGACGCAAGCGAGCAGAAUCAUUAUCUGCCAGAACAGGCCCACGCAAAACCCUCCGAGAGAUGAAACAGAGCAGCUCUGCUGUGGACAGGCUGUCCAGCCACAGUCUGACUCUGGAUUUCUCCUUUGAUCGCUCUGAUGAACAUCCUCUUGAUGUAUUCGAAGACAUCUUUGUCAAUUAUGAAAAAAGAAAGAAAGUUCGCAGCGGUCGACAGAAGCAGCUCAUUCCAAAGAACCUCAUGGAUUUGAAGUCCCUCCGUCAUAUCGUUGGUGUCACCGCACAUGACAGAACCAGCAAAUAUAUUUUCCACCCUCACCGCAAAACAAAACCUCCGACAGUCGCAGCCCAGUUUCAGGCCUCCGUUGGGAAGCUGAUGGAGACAAUUGAAAAGGCUGAGCCGUUCUUUAUUUUCUGUGUUCGCUCCAACGCUGAAAAGAAGGAGCUGCACUUUGAUGAAGAGCUUGUGCUAAAGCAACUCCAGUACACAGGCAUUCUGCAGAUGGUUCACAUCCAGAAGGCUGGCUACAGCGCCAAAUACACAUUCAAGGAAUUUGGCGGGAAGUUCAGGAUGUUGCUUCCUAAAGGAGCGACUGCAACUUCGGAGCAAAUAAGUGAGCUGUUUAAGAGGAUGCAGAUCGAAAAGACCAGCUAUCAAAUAGGAAAAACCAAGGUGUUCCUCAAGGAGAAGGAGAGGCAACUGCUCCAAGACACUCACAACAAAGAAGUGAUGCGUCACAUCAUCGUCCUGCAGCGCUGGUUCAGGGCCUGUCUGAUGAGGUCACACUUCCUGCAAAAGAGAGAUGCCACUCUGAUUAUACAGAGGAGCUGGCGUGAGUUUUACGAGAACCAAAACCGAGCUGCUUCAGUGAUCCAGACAGCGUGGAGGAUUUCCCUGAAGAAGAACCACCGUGAGACAGAGGAUGAGAAUCCGUCCAUAGAACGACCGGGACGAGACAGCUUGAAGAAGGAGUUAAAGAGGCAGGAGAAAGUGGAGCUGAGCCCCAGCAGGGACCAGGACAGGUCCCAGAGUCGAGAGAGACGAGAGGGCAGAGGGUCGCCUCCCCCUCUCAGCAGACCCCUCUCCCUCCCACUGGACACUAAAGAUGACAGUGAUGACGGCUCUUCUGGCCCCUCAAGUAAGAGCAGCUCGCUCCAGCGCUACAAAGAUAUGGGGGGCAUCAAGAAAAAGGCAGAACAGUGGAGGGAAAGAAAGAGCGAGGGCGAACACACGGAUGAAUCAAGUCCGGAAGUACGGCGGAAAGAUGAGUUUCGGAGCAAAGGGAAGUCCAUGUCGGUAGAUGAACUGUCCAGGAUCAGCACGUCAGGCUCCGAUAGCUCACCUUCUUCCAAGGAGGUCAGCGUGCGUCUCCGCAAGCAGCCCAAACGCAAGCGGCGCUUAGCCAAUGCCCGCAGCGUUUUGAUGCUUAACUUUGGGAGCCCCAAGGAAAGCGAGUACUGGAGCUAUCCGCUGCCCCCCAUGAGCCCCUUUCUGCCCACAAUGAAGAACCCGGCCAGUGGCGUGGAUGUCUGGCCCUCAAAAACUAAGGUCAAGAUAUCGUCAGUAACUGAUGGGGUAAGAUUCAGUCUUCCAGCCAAGAGCAGCAACGAGGACGCAGAGCAACAGGAAUCCAACCAAUCACAGCUCACAACUCCUGAGAGGAUUUGGUUUCUCAGUAGAUUCCUGAAGAAGCGGACUCCUAAAAAUCCCUCGGGCAACGACUCAGAUAUAGGAGUCACCUUGUCCAGCUACAGCCCUCAUCCCUACCAAAGGCCAAACCAGAGCAGUGAGAAGAUCGCUCGAAACCCGACCAUUAAAAUCAGCCGGGCCACGCGGGGGCUGCAGUCCAACACCUCUCUGGAUCGGGAGAUCACCGACCCAAAAGAGCUGCGAAACCUGGAUGAAUUCCUCGGAAAUCAGGUGAAUGAGCUGCAAAGUAGGAUAAAAGAUCUGUCGCCUACAGAGAGCCUCUUCCUCACAGCCACCAUGGAGUUCAGAGAGACCAUCAAAGGGAUGUACUCUGUGCAGGUCAGGCCAGCCUCCUCCUCGAAGCCUCAAAUCGGCUACAAAUAUCUGAUGAAGGGCUUCCAAAACAAAGUGAAAACACUAGCAGGGAAACAGAAGAAGGAAGAGACCUCGCUGGUGGUCAACCUGUUUCAGUCUGUGCUGGACGGCUUCAUUAGGGGCGAGCUGAAACGAGCUGAUUCUGAGCCAGCCAAGGCCAACAAGACGACAAAGAAGAGGAGAAAAAAGGAUAAAUGUCCGAAUAGUCCUCUGGAUCACUUGUUCAGCACAUACCAGGUGAACAUCAUGCAGUCAUGUGACCUGUGUGGCUCCUACAUCUGGGGAAUGGAGAAAGCAUACAUGUGCAGUGCUUGCAAGUUAAUAUGUCACAAGAAAUGUCUGGAUAAAAUCAUCACAGAUUGCUCGACACGAUGUGCUAGGCAGGAUGACAGCGUGCCAGGCUCCCUUCACUUUGGGGUGCAGGUGUGUGUCCUCACCAAUAAAACUAACCCUGUGCCCAAAGUGGUGGAGUUGCUUCUGAUGCACAUUGAGCUGAACGGCCUCUACACCGAGGGCAUUUACCGCAAGUCGGGCUCAACAUGUCGAGCGAGGGAGCUCCACCAGAUUUUAGAGACUGAUCCGGAGGGGCCAAAUUUAGACAACUACCCGAUCCACACCAUCACAGGUCUACUGAAACGUUGGCUCAGAGAGCUGCCGGACCCCCUCAUGACCUUUUCCCUCUACAACGACUUUCUGCAUGCCGUGGAGCUGCCGGAGAAAGCUGAGAGAAUAAGGGCUGUUUACCAAAAGAUUGAUGAACUUCCUCCUGCUAACUACAACACGUUAGAGCGGCUCAUCUUUCACCUUGUCAGGGUUGCGAAAGAGGAAGAAAAUAUGAUGUCAACAAGCUCUCUUGCUAUUGUGUUUGCUCCCUGCAUCCUGCGCUCACCUGAUGUUGACGACCCAUUUCUGGCUAUGAAGGAUGUGGCCAAGACUACAACGUGUGUGGAGAUCCUGAUCUCGGAGCAGCUCAGACGAUACAAUGAGAAGAUGCAGAAUAUCCAGCAGCUGGAAUACGCAGAGGCAGUGGCUGUCAAUCAGCUCAAACUGAGGAGACAAAACACGGUUGUUGAAAAGCCUCCACAGCUGGAUGUUCCCGAUCAUAUGCCUUCGGAUGAAACGGAGAGGACCCUCAUUGAUAGGAUCAAGUCCAUCAAACAAGAAAAGGUGGACUUGGCUUUCAGGUUACCUGACCUUGAGCAGGAUAACUCUGACGACAACCUGGACUCAUCAUCUUCAUCGAUGAGCUCAGAGAGUCUAGAGGACCGUCUGGGCAGCCUAGACUCGGAAGCCAAGGUGACCAUGCGAUCAAAAACCCAGAAACCCAACUGCCCGCCUAAACCUGCUGACCUGGCGCAAAGAGUGAGAAGUCUGAUGGCUCAGACAGGUGAUGCGUGGGGAGGGUUCACACCAGGACAAAAGACAGAUGCUACAAAAUCCAUGUGCUUCCUGCCCAGCCCAGAUAGCCCCUCCCCCGACGACAAGCCGCAAAUCAUUAACAAGUCUUUCAACGGGAGCUAUGACGACCUGGACAUCCCUUACAUCGACGAGGAUGAAGAAGAUCCCACCUGUGAAUAACACCACAAGUUAACAUAAUAAGAAUAUGCUCCAGGUGUGACUGGAUUUUUGUUGAAAAAAAAAGAACUGUGCACUUUGUUUUAUAGACUUUUCCAUGUGUCAAUGCUGCUAUGGAAACAAAGUGCCUUGAGAAUUUCAAUGUAUUUAAUGCGAGAUGUACGGACUGUCUGGAGAAGAUCCAAUUGCAAUGAGGACUUGGCCUCUUUAUAUACAAUACACUGUGUGUGAUUUUAAACAUAUCUCAGAAUUGUACAGUUUUAAGUUUUAUAAAAAGGUAGGUACUUCCGUGACAAUGUGAGACCAGCUAUGUCUCAUCUGUAGAGGAUCAAAGGGAUCAGGAGCAUUUGAGGAUACAAGGUUCUCCUUUACUAAUGGACAUUAUUUUGAGCUCAUCCACUGUUGCAAAUAAUAGGACUUUAUGGUGUUUGUGGGUAGAAAAGUUUUACAAGUGUACCAACAAUGUGCAUAGGAGAAUCAGAGUGCUUCUCUAUUGUACAGACACAGAACCAUUGCAUUUUGGGCUCGCUCUUAAUGCAUGGUUGUGCAUAUCAAAUGUUUCAGUUAUGUUUUUCUGCUUUUAAUAUUCCUGUGGUAUCGACUGCUGCGACUGACUCAUUCAAUACACUUGUAAGGCAAAUGGCCAUAUUCCUGCCUUUAAGACUGACUGAAAAAUACUAACCUGUCACUGUGCAGUUUCACCAAGUAAACAUUUUGUCAAUACAUAUAGGUUUUUUAAAUAAAUAUGCAUGCCUGUACAUUUAUAAGGGGUUAUGAAUCAUGCGUAUUUGGGUGAGCAUCCUCAGAAAUCGUCUUUUGACACGUGAAUAAACUGACCUUUUUCAAAUGUC